AAGGUUUUGCUGAUGAGUUAAAGAAUGCCAGAAGGUUAGGGACAUUUAAGCAGUACAUGGUGGGUCGAAGUAGUGAAGCAACAUUUGUUGAUGCUUUUGAGAAACAGGAAGCUAUUAUUCGGUAUCUUGGAGGUUUUGAUCCUUCAGGAGAGAAUCUCCAAAGUAGUCAUAAGCAAGCAACAGCAAAGCAGUUCAAUUGCACAGUAGCUGAUGUUGAGAAUGCACUUGCAAAGUUCACUUGGGCAAAAGAGGCACACAAGAAGAUGGAGAAGUUGAAGGAAGAAGGAAAACCAUUGCCAAAGAGCAUGGGUGAGGUGCAAAAGCUAAUGGGAUCCACACCGCUGGACCUUGCAAGGUCUAACUUAGCUAAGAGUGGUCAGAUCAGCAGAAAUGCACCUUGUCCGUGUGGUUCCCAGAAAAGAUACAAAAGGUGCUGUGGCAAGGAUUAAGGAAACCCAAAAUAUAAUGGAUUAGAGUCCCACAACCUUAACUUUAAAGAGACACUCAAGUGUGGCAGAAUAUUUGAGCAGUUGUGGGUGACAACUAGUUGGGGUGUCUUGGUUUGUUCUGUUUUCCAAUGAGUUUGGAAGAUAGACAAAAAACAAAUUGUUAAACUGAGGUGGCAAUCUGAAUUUGUGCGUUUCUUAUUGAUGACUGUUGUUCACAAGUUGACUGGAUUAUAGAAUCAAAAAUAAAUCUUUAGUUCUCUACCUACUUAUUCCAGUCUAGGUGUUAUAAUAAUUAUAAAGCGGAUUUCUCAAA